GGCCCUUUGGAUUGGUCUCUUUGGUGCUAAUAGUGAACUCAAAUUCCUGGGGAUCGUACAAGCAACAGGGCACAGCUUUCUCCUCCCUUUCGAUUGAUUAGUUGGGCCCUGCUUGUGGACCGGGAAUGAUGGAGACUGGAACUAGAGUGGAACUCGAACUGGCUAGGGUUGUGAUUGGGAUUACCCAGCAAUUCCUGACUAUUAUCUUUGCCGUGCAGAAGAUAGGCAUUUAGUUCUCUACUGUUGUAUUUCUUCUUCGUCCUCGAAAACUUGACACCACUCGACACCACUCGACACCACCCACUCGUCGACAACUCCGUAGGCAACGGCAUGGCGUGAUUGAGAAGAGGGAUUCAGAAAUACAGAGCGUCUUUGUCGAUAUACUUGUUUAUUCUUACACCCAUACUCCGUUUCGAACCGUCGGGAACACUAACAGGUUACCGUCCUCACCAUCCUACCAACCUAAAUAAGCGUUCCCAAGCUUCCCAGCUUAUGUUGAAUGGUAGCCAACCAUCAGCACGGCCAUUCCGAACUCGACAUCCUUUCCAAAUAGAAAUCAUUUGAGGAAAACAAUUCGUUCCUUCGUCUGGUACCUUCUCGAGUUACAACAGUUCUUACGAUUAAUUCUACUCUCGUAAAUAUCGCAGAAGUUCGAAACAUACAUAUCUAGCAUAUUUUGUAAUUUUGUUGAGAGUCGGCACCAAUGGCUGAACGAAACAUUUCCAUCGCUUCAAAUCAUUUUAGAGGGAGUGUGGACUCCAAUAUGGCUGCGUCCAUAGGUCCCAAAAGCAUUCCUGAAACGAUUACGAGGCAGACCAAAGGAGGGAGGAAGCUAAAAUACACGUUGACUGUGAUUCAACAACCUGAGCGUGCGAGAGCUUGUGGCUCGGGAGCAAAAUCAUCUGCCGAUCGACGUCCAGUCGACCCUCCUCCCGUCGUUCAACUUCGCAUUUACGAUGAAACCGAUCCACGACAAGAGAAGGAGAUAACAUUCCACUACAAUGCAAACUUCUUCCUCUUCGCAACUUUGGAGGUAGCUCGGAAUAUUGCUCAAGGCCGUGUACAAACUUCGGCUCCUCAAGCACCCGUCUUGACGGGCAUGCCAGUGUCUGGAAUGGCCUACUUGGACAGACCUAAUGAAGCUGGAUAUUUCAUUUUCCCUGAUUUAUCUGUUAGACACGAGGGCCAAUACAAGUUGAGCUUCAAUCUCUACGAGGAAACAAAAGAGGAGAAGGAUACUGACAUCGAACCCUCGAACGAUUCAAGCAUGCGACAGAUGUCGAGCGCUGCGGCCGCUGCCGAAUCGUCUUUUGAUUGGCGCAUGGAGCUCAAAUCUGAUCAGUUCACUGUAUACAGCGCAAAGAAAUUCCCCGGUCUCUCCGAGAGCACUGAUUUGAGCAGAACUGUUGCGGAACAAGGUUGCCGUGUUCGUAUUAGACGUGACGUGAGGAUGAGAAGAAGAGAUACAAAGCCUGGAGGCGACUUUGGUGAAAAAGAGGAUGAAUAUCAACAGGGAAGAGCUACAUCUCCACCAUUUGAUUACAAUAUCCAAGCUGCGAGGCAAAGAGCUCUGAGUGCAAGCGUUCAUGAGGAUCCACAACAGAGGCGUGGAUCAGGAGAAAUUUCACCGUACCAUUCGCCUGUUGUAAACACCCCAUUUCGUACGCCUUCAAUUUCUCCAUCGACACCCAACGCCCCUCUGCCGCCUGGCAACCAGCUUGGUUGGAUACCGAAUGGACCUGGCUACGCCGCUGCUCCCAGUAUCCAACCUCCACACCCACCUCCACCUCCACCCUCAUCCUAUCCACAGUCAAUGCCAGCUACUCAUCAUAAUCAAGGCCCAUCGACACAAUUUCGUCAGCAACCUCCCCAAGGUCCACCUCCUGCACCUAUUGGAUAUGAUGAGAGGCGAUCUUCUUACAGCCAAUUUCGUCCUCCCACAAACCCCUCUCAACAACAAUCGUAUGAAUCAGACUACCGAAGAAUGUCCUUUGGAUAUCAAAUCCCUGCUUCAUCCCAAGGCCCUCAACCGAUCGCUCCUGCUGUUCAGAAUCCAGCUUAUAAUCAACAAUCAAUGGAACCUACUUAUAGCCGCAAUCCUCCUGCGUACUCAACUAGCUUCCAGGAUUCUGUCGCUCUCGCACCACUGAGAGCUGCUGAGCAGCCUUUAGCCAUGUCUCCUCUUGCUUCAGUAACGUCCAUUUCACGUGGGACGCAAAACUCGGCGCCAAUGCCAAGCCACAACUAUAACAAGUUGGAGAGAUCUGGGUCUUACAGCCAAUAUGCUCCUAUCGAGGCGGAGGCACCAAAAUCAACUAAUAAGAGAAGCUUCAAUGAUGUUUUCAGCACUCCUACUGAAUCGUUGUCCAAUGGUAGACGACCAAGUGCUAUUGGCAUAGAUAUCGAAGAAAAUACCAGAAAACAAGAACAGAUGAUCUAUAGACGAGCUAAUGGCAACAUUCAGAAUAAACCCGCCCCCGGUCUUAACUAAACUGCACCAAGCUCAAAAAAAAAUCCUCAACCAUGUCGUCAGUCACGAUAUUUUCCUAUAGAAAAGGCGUCGGAUUGACCCUGUUUCUACACGCCUGCCUUUGCAUCAUUUUUUCACCAUUUUUUUCUUCAAUAUACGAUUCCGAAACCGGAAUUUUACGAUACCAAUUUGAUGGGUGUAUCUACCUCCCACCUUUCACUAUUCUUUUUCUAUACGACUCGCGGCGGUGUUGUUUAUGCGUAUUCGCACACGCUUCUGGAAGAGCAUUCAUGGCAUUUCCCCUUAUGAUAUCUAGAUGGUGGAAGGCAUUAACUUUCUGAUACUGUUAUAUUUUCUUUUGUUGGUACUUUGAGCACAUGCGGGAAAUUUGCAUUGAAUGAAUGAGAUGAGGGGCGUAGCUGACUGAGAAAACAAUCUUGUAAUUUAUUGACUCGAGAAUGGAGAGAAAACAAGCAGACUCCUUCUCUGAAUGAGAUGGAUGGAAUGGAAUGGAACGGAACGGAAUGGGACUGCACAGAGUUGAAUACCCACAUACCUACCUAUUUACAUGAGAUGAAAAGAUUUAAAUUGGAGAACUUUAUAGAAUGAAGACUAGAGUGAACAUGAUCA